GGUGGAUUGUGGGUUUGUGUCCCAGCCAGGGCUCAGGGCUAACCUAACCUUUCCCAACCCAAUGAAACAAAACUCGAGAUUGUAGACUCACAAACCAAAACAACGAUUUUGCAGAAAAACCCUAAUUAAGAAUUUUGACUCUUGAGAUUGUGAAAUUAGGGCUAGAGUUGCAGAAAUCAAGCAGUAGAAGAUGACGCAAAAGGCGAACAUGUUCAAAGGUCAAUCGAAGAAGAAGGCUGCUCCUCCUAGUCGACAUGGCAAAGCUUCUCACAUUCGCAAAGGGAAGAGAGCAAUUAAGCCGUCGAAGCUCACCAAGGAAAUGGAUGAUAGUCGGGAUGUAAGCAAAUUCAUUAAUUACUGCAACGAAGUAAAAGCAGCCACAGUGGCUUGCAAGGAUGGUGGACACCUUAGCAUUGUUAAAACAUCACUAGAACAAUCAGGCAGUAAGAAGGAAUAGGCGAGCUAGCUUUGGCGAUGAUUUAUGAAACAACUUGUCAAGGAUUGAAGAUCAUAGUCAUCAUAUAACAUGUAAAUGAAGUUUUUGGAGCUGGGUUAUAUCAUCAUACAACUCGGAAAAAUAGCGUGUGUUAUCAUUUCCUUCUCGAUUCAACUCGCCUGCUACUUUCUCCAACUCUCACUGCCUUCAGAGUUUAAUCUGGUGGUUAAAAGAAGUGAUUUUUGCCUUUUUUUUAAAUUUUUUUUUUUUAUUGAGUCCAAAUUUUGUCGUUUGUUUUUGAUGUAAUGUACCUUUAUUUUCUAAUCAUAAUUUAUACAAUUCCUUCAAGUUUUAGCAUAA